AGUUCCUCCCAUUUUCCAAUAGUUUCCAUGAAGUGCUGGUUCAGGGAAAAUAUUUUUCUUUCCCAACUGCCCAAACGACUUGGACAGGACUUAAACAUACAGAAGGGAAGAUAAAGAAAAAGGCAACCAUGGGGAAGAGAGUAGCCAUCAUUGGAGCUGGCGUUAGUGGCUUGGCCUCCAUCAGAAGCUGUCUGGAAGAGGGGCUGGAGCCCACCUGCUUUGAGAGGAGUGAAGACAUUGGGGGCCUGUGGAAAUUCUCGGACCACACAGAGGAAGGCAGAGCUAGCAUUUACCAGUCUGUCUUUACCAACUCUUCCAAAGAGAUGAUGUGUUUCCCAGACUUCCCAUAUCCUGAUGACUUCCCCAACUUUAUGCACAACAGGAAGCUCCAGGAAUAUAUCACUGCAUUUUGCAAAGAAAAAAACCUCCUGAAAUACAUACAAUUUAAGACACUUGUAUCUGGUAUAAAUAAACGUCCCGAUUUCUCAAUCACCGGCCAAUGGGAUGUUACCACUGAAAGGAAUGGUAAAAAAGAAUCAGCUAUCUUUGAUGCUGUAUUGAUUUGUUCUGGACACCAUGUGUACCCCCACCUACCAAAAGAGUCCUUUCCAGGACUAAAACUUUUUAAAGGCAAAUGCUUUCACAGCCGAGAAUAUAAGGAACCAGGAGUAUUCAAGGGGAAGCGAGUCCUGGUGUUGGGCCUGGGGAAUUCAGGCUGUGAUAUUGCCACAGAACUCAGCCACACAGCUGAACAGGUCAUGAUUAGUUCCAGAAGUGGCUCCUGGGUGAUGAGCCGGGUCUGGGAUGAAGGCUAUCCAUGGGACAUGUUGUUUAUCACUCGAUUUGAAACCUUCCUCAAGAACAACUUGCCGACAGCCAUCUCUGACUGGUGGUACAUGAAGCAAAUGAAUGCAAGAUUCAAGCAUGAGAACUAUGGCUUGAUGCCUUUAAACAGAACCCUGAGGAAAGAACCUGUGUUUAAUGAUGAGCUCCCAGCUUGCAUUCUGUGUGGCAUUGUGUCCGUUAAGCCUAAUGUGAGAGAAUUCACUGAGACUUCAGCCAUUUUUGAGGAUGGGACGGUGUUUGAGGGCAUUGAUUGUGUCAUUUUUGCAACAGGCUAUAGUUACGACUACCCCUUCAUUGAUGAGUCCAUCAUUAAGAACAAAAACAAUGAGGUCACCUUGUUUAAAGGCAUUUUCCCUCCUAAACUGGAGAAACCAACCAUGGCAGUGAUUGGUUUUGUCCAGUCCCUUGGGGCUACCAUUCCCACAGUUGACCUGCAAGCCCGCUGGGCAGUACGAGUAAUAAAAGGAACUUGCACUUUGCCUUCUGUAACAGACAUGAUGGAUGAUAUUGAUAAAAAAAGGGGGAAAAAGCUCAAAUGGUUUGGCACCAGCGAGACUGUACAGACGGAUUAUAUUACUUAUAUGGAUGAACUUGCCUCCUUCAUUGGGGCAAAGCCCCACAUCCCAUGGCUGUUUCUCACAGAUCCCAAAUUGGCUGUGGAGGUUUUCUUUGGCCCUUGCAGCCCAUACCAGUUUAGGCUGGUAGGCCCAGGGAAGUGGCCAGGAGCCAGAAAUGCCAUCCUGACCCAGUGGGACCGGACCCUGAAACCCAUGAAGACAAGAGGUGUCGGGAAACCUCAGAAGCCUUGCUUGCUUUGCCGUUGGGUCAGGCUCUUCAUUCUCCCUGUUAUGUUCAUUGCUGUUUUCUUUGCAUUGAUCUAAUUAUCAUUCCCCCCAGGCUUCUGAAAGUUACUGACAAGAAGGAACUUUUCUAGUUAAAAAUUAAGAAUUUCACACCUCCUACUUUCUUAUUCAGCAGGCACUAGUCAGUAAAACUGUACUAUUUCCAGGCUUUUAAAUAAGCCUCUAUAAGAGUCAUGUGAUAAUCUAAAGGGAGCACUAAUUAUUUCUCUUUAGGUUUCCACUAACAUUUCAUCAUCAGAAUUAUGCUCUUCACCUCUAACCUCAACCAUCUCCCAAAACAUUUUGACGUGAUUCCUUUUCUCCUUCAAUCAAGGUUUGAAUUACAUACUUCAAUCUAAACAAAGAGCAAAUUCAGCGGAAUAGUUAUGAUAUUCUCCAGCCACCCCUGCAAACUAUUUGCAGGAGGAUCAAGUAGAGAAUUUGGCUAUUAAUUCUAUUUUUGUUUAUACCAAAUUCCCCAGGCAAUGCAUCCUGAUCCCUGGCCAAAAAUUAUAGCAUGGAGACCUGGUCUAUAAUGAAUCCUAACAAGAAGUAACUUAACAUAUCUAUAUUCUUAAUGAGGACACAAAUUUUCCAACAUGUAGCAGCAAAAUAAUAUCAACAACAAUGAGUAGAACACUAAAUAUACCUUUCUGCUGAAUGAAAUGUCUUAAAAAAAAUAAACAUUUAACCAAAGUCAUGACCAAAAUCAAAUGC